GUGUUUCCGUCAGACGUGAAGUAAGGAAAGUAACCUUCACGCUCCCCGCUCCAUCAGACGGGGAGCGUGAAGGUUGGAGAAGUAGUCCGAGGCAGUAGUGCCUGGCUUGAUCCCGGUCGUGGGUGGGAAUAUAUCGCUCUGGAACAUCUCCGCACGCCUAAGGACAAUGAAGGAGAUAGGUUGGAUGUAGGUAUCGUUGACAGUCUUGAGGCCACGAAGGACCUCGUUCUCGUGUAGGUUGAUGCUGCGCUUGGGUAGAAAGGCGAUGCCACGCUGAGGUUGGGGGGAUUUGUAUACUCAAACUUAUCGUUUUCGUACUCGUAGUAGCGAAUGUUACCGUCACUCUCGUUAUCAGUAAUCUACGAAGGUCAUUCAAGUCAUCGCAAUUACUCACCCCUUUCCAGCAAGGUACAAGCACUGCGUGCCCUCGUCCCAGAACGGCAUACACACACCGGAGAUGCUAUGCAGGAUGGUGAAUCCUUCGAUGGGCUCUCCCGGUUUGCGCGCGUCCCAGAGUGCCAAUUGACGAUCGCUCAUGCGAGAAAAUCCUGUAGUGGCGAUGCGGUCAUGUUCGCCCACUAUCUUAUAAGAACAUCCUGCAAUUUAUUUUUAUCAAUUGCAGGAUGUUAGUAAGAUAGUGGGCGAAUGGAAAGGGUGCGCAUCGCGAUAACAGCAAGCUCAAAAUAGCAACCCCUACAUUACAAGCUGAAAAUCCAUGCGCUGGGUUCGACAGGUGUUGUGGGCUCGACAGACGGAAAGGAUGCGUCGCGGAGAAUAUCGGUGUCACCGGAAGUCAACCAGGCUACUUUUCGUUGGUGGUGAGAUGGCCCCCCCGCAAGCGCAUGCAUCACUGUAACAACUAACAAGCAGGAGGUUGUCAGGGCCGUUGUGUUGGAGAGGCGUUCUAGUACGCCUUGUGAGGGUGGGUUCUCCUCACUCUGAAGGCACACCUUCCUUCUUCGGCGCUUCUACCUUUUUGUUCGGGUUGAACGUAGAAGGGGUGUACUCAAAGGCUGUCAAACUGGUUGUGGACGACACUACGAGUAGAGCGUCGUACAGAUCGCAUUUCUGAGCUGACACUGGAGAUGUACUAGACUAGGAUCCUUCCGACAGCUGCGCACGCGCCACCCAUCUAGGCUAGAAAUAGUAUGGGCAUGGGUCCCUC